AUGGCUCCCUCGUUAGAAUCUCUCAGCCCGUACAUAAACGGUGCUCCUGCCUCGGUGAAUGGUUUCGCCAAUGGAGCAGAGUACCCAGUGCCGAAGCUGGACUUGCAGCCAGAAACAACCACGGAGUCAUCCAACACAGCGGGACUUCAGAAAGUACUGACUCCCGUCUCUGACGACGAGCUCCAUGAUCUAUUAUGUGUUGGAUUUGGGCCCGCGUCCCUCGCCAUAGCUAUUGCUCUUCACGAUCGACUGGCUGAGUCCAGCCAUGCACCAGAUACCACUACACUCCCAAAGGUCUGCUUCCUGGAGAAACAGUCAAACUUCGCCUGGCAUUCGGGCAUGCUCCUGCCGGGAUCGAAGAUGCAGAUAUCCUUCAUCAAAGACCUAGCUACCGUCCGCAAUCCCCGGAGCGAGUUUACGUUCCUAAACUACCUACAAAUCCACGACCGUCUGCUUCACUUCGCGAAUCUGGGAACCUUCCUUCCUGCCCGUGUUGAAUUUGAAGACUACAUGAAAUGGUGCGCGAGCAAGUUUGCCAAUCUCGUCAGAUAUGGAACUGAAGUCAUUGAUGUUACCCCUUCGGCAAUUGAUCCCUUGACUGGGAAAAUCCACUCCUUCACUGUCCGCUCCAAGGACUUGGAGACGGGCGAGAUCACCACUCGCAAGGCUCGACAUGUGGUUGUUGCAAUUGGCGGCAAGCCCAAUAUACCGUCAGGUUUCCCAAGCAACUCAAGAAUAAUCCACUCUUCAGCAUAUUGCACCACUCUCCCAAAUAUUCUAAACAACACCCUAAAGGAAUAUCAUAUUGCUGUAGCAGGAAGCGGCCAGAGCGCAGCUGAGAUCUUCCAUGAUCUCCAAAAACGGUAUCCAAAUGCCAAAACAAGCCUUAUCAUGCGUGACUCGGCCCUUCGACCCAGCGAUGACUCCCCCUUUGUUAAUGAACUAUUCAACCCCGAGCGAGUCGACAAAUUCUUUAACCAAAGUGAAAAGGAGAGACAGUUCUUCUUGUCCCGUCACCGCUCUACCAACUACGGAGUGGUUAGACCUGAACUCAUCGAGCAGAUCUACGGAGACAUGUAUAUCCAGAAGAUCAAAUGCCCCGACGAACGAAAAUGGCAGCACAGAAUCUUCCCAUCUCGCCUCAUCUCAAAGAUCGAGUCAGACAAGAGCGAGAAACUUAGCAUGUCACUACAACACUCUCAAUCCGACGAUAUCACCAUGAACGGAAUCCAUGAUGAGGAAUUGACUGCCGAUGCCCUGGUUUUGGCAACCGGCUACCUUAGAAAUGCGCACGAAAGCAUGCUAGCUUCAAUUGAACCGCUACGAGCUCAUAAACAGAUGGGCUGGAAGGUCCAGAGAAAUUACAGACUGGAACUUGAUAAAGGCCAAGUGGAUGUCAAUGCCGGUAUUUGGCUACAGGGAUGCAACGAAUCUACACAUGGACUCAGCGAUAGUCUCCUCUCGAUCCUAGCCGUUCGGGGCGGGGAGAUUGUGCAGGCGAUAUUUGGUGCCCAACUUGCCAACGGCAAUUAA